ACUUUAAUGGACGUGUUAGUAUUUGUAGCGAUAUAUGGGAGGAUACUUAUCAUCAUUUAUAUUAUUUGGGUCUUACUGCACAUUAUAUUGAUGAUGAUUGGAAUAUGCAUAAAUGUGUUCUUGCUUUUCGUGAAUUCAAUGAUCGUCAUACUGCUGAUAAUAUUUAUAUUCUCAUUGAGCGUAUUUUAAUUGAGUAUAAUUUGCUUGAUAAGGUGUUUGCUGUAGGUUUUGAUAAUGCUAGUAAUAAUACUGCUGCUAUACCUAGAUUGCGUGAAUUGGGUGGUGCUUCUACAUUGAUGGAGGAUAAGAGCGAAGAUGACGGAGAAGAUAUGAGUGAUGAAGAAGGUGCGGAACAUGAAAUAUAAUGAAGACAAUGAAGAUGAAAGAAGAUAAAUAUGGAAGACUAUGAUGGUGGUGGAAGAUGAC